AAGUGGCUGCAUGGAGGCCAGGUCAUGAGUUGGUGAGAUAAGGGUAGGAUCCACAUGAAGGAGAGAACAUAUGUGAUGGAUUUGAGAUCACAUUGGUGCAGCACACAAACAUCAACAUAACAUGGCUGCCAAACUCACUCUAUCUUCUCCCCUUGCCUUCACAACUUCUUUUCUGCCUAAAUCACCAUCAUUUUCUCCACCUUUGUGCCCCCCCACAACUAAUGUUCUUUCAGUCAAAGUUCAUGCUCAAUUAGGUGGUGGAGAUGAACAAGCCAAGAAAGGAGGCAAGAAGAAAUUCAUAACCAGAGAGGAAGAACCACAACAGUAUUGGCAGACAGCAGGAGAAAGGGAAGGAGAGAAUCCCAUGAAGACCCCUCUUCCUUACAUUAUCAUAUUUGGUAUGUCAACUCCUUUUGUAAUCUUGGCCAUUGCUUUUGCAAAUGGUUGGAUUAAGGUACCUGUUCGAUGAGUACAUUGACAACACUUCGUUGUCUACUCCUCAUAUGUUAAUUCUCACGAAUUUUAUGCACUAUAGUUCUCAAACUUCAUCAGAUAAUUUCUUUACUUUUUCACAUAUGUACGGACAUACGUUAUGUUAAGGCUCGUUUUAAUGAACAAGAGUUCGGUUUAAUGAUGUUUCUUGUUUAGGAGAAAAUAUGAUCUUAUUAGCAAUAUUCAGACGUGUAAUGGAACAGCUGUACUUAAUAAUAAAAUACGACCGUCGACACUGAUCAA